GUGGCCGCUGCCUGGUGGAACUGUCAGAGAUUUCCCACCGGCAGACAAUCAAGACAAAAGGGAAACGGGCCCCUCAGCUCUUGUUUGGAUUCUUCUUCUCCCUCUCUUUCUCAUCACUCACCACACUCUUUCAAUCACUCUCUGAGCUGUCUCGACGACAUUGCUACUAUACACACUCUCUCUUCUAAACUGCUAUACGCUUACUAGCCCGGUGCUUCUUGCCCACUGCUCUCUUUCAAGCAACAAACAAACUAGAUCCGAAUUCAAGUCCACGACUCAAUUCUCAACAACAAUCAAAAUGCAGUUCUCCACUCUCCUCAUUGCUGCCGGCGCUGCCGUCGUCGCUGCUGAUAGCACCUCAACUCUGACUGCUACCACCACCAAGACCUACACCAUCACUCAGUGCCCCGAGACCGUCACCAACUGCCCUUACCGCACCCCCACCGUCCCUGUGACCACCUCUGAGGCUGCUUCCACCACCGAGGCCACUUCCGCUGUUGAGAUCACCACCUCUGCUGCCGAGACCUCUUCUGCCGCCCCGACUUCUCACUACUGGCCCGUCUCCAACUCCACCACUGCCACUGCUGCUGGCACCAACCCCGUCGGCACCGGUGCUCCCACCACCAUUGUCACCAUUCCCUCUGGCACUGGUGUUCAGCCUACCGGCCCUGCCGCCAGCGGUCCUGCCGGCACUGGAAGCGCUCCCCCUACCGUGCCCACCAGCGGUGCUACCAAGGAGAUGGCUCAGUCUGGCGUCAUUGCCGUUGCCCUGGCUGCCGUCUUUGCCCUCGUCUUCUAAACGCGCAACUUCUUUUUCACUUCUAUCUCAUGGGGCCAAAAGCUCUAUG